CCUGAAGGAAUAGUUCCCUAUGAAAUAGACGAUGAAGCGAAUGAUUUAAGAAUAUUUGCUGUUAAAUUAUCAAUGGCAAAGAUCUCUAAAGUGUCCUGCGUAAAGUUUGUCCCUUAUGAAGAAGACAUUCAUAGCCAGUUUGUGAGAUUUCAGACUAGUGCUGAUGGAUGCUGGACCAAGACUGUUGGAAGGCCGAUGAAUGGUCCCUCUGUUGUUAAUAUUGGAGACGGAUGUGGAAGCGGGAAAAAAAUUCUUCACGAGGUUUUACACUCGGUGGGAAUGUUUCACACACAUCAGAGACACGACAGAGAUGACUAUAUUGUGGUGAAUACAUCUAAUAUUAGUCCAGGCAAUGCUGCUGGGUUCAAACAACUUACUAAAACACAGUUCCCCGAUCUCGGAGUGGCGUAUGACUGUCGGAGUAUAAUGCAUUAUCCAAAAAAGUUCUUUUCCGUCAAUCAAGAAAACACCAUUGAUGCCAAGGAUGGUGGAAACUGCACAACUGUGGGCCCUGAAAAUGCCAAAAUGACUGAAAAUGAUAUUUUAUGGCUAAACCUGUUCUACCAGUGCCCUAAAGUUUAAAAUCUUUAAAGAAUAUUUAAUUACAAUUGGCAUAAAUUUGUUCUUAUUUGUUUAAAUCAAUAAAUACUUUCUAAAUUAUUA